UUCAAAAGUUACAUUUAAGUCAAGGAAGGUUCUCUAUAGGCAUAGUCUAUUUACAAGAUGCACUAGGUCAUGGUGAAUAUUGUUGAAUGUAUUUGAGUGAACGUCCAGCAGGUAAAUAUUAUCGAUAUCAACGAUUGCAAGAGAUGCAAUCACUUGGUUCGAACGGAGAUUAUGUUUUCAUGGUUGAAGGAUAAGACGAUCACGUACACACUUUCUGACAGGCCCGGUGCAAUAAGUCUAUACGCAUGUUAGACCUGUGAAUCUGUGAUGCAACGGUUACGUAAAACUCGAAACAUUUCAGACAAUUUGUCAGUCGAUUAAUGGACCAAAUCGACUAUCGAAAUUGUCACGUGGUAAAUUAAUUCAAAUGAAGAAAUUCACCGUUUGUUAUUAAAACGUAGAAUUUUAAUGAUGAUUCGGAAAUCCAAAUUUAUAAAGGGUUGCGGUAGCGACACAAUAAAGAUAUAGCAAACAUUAUAGAAAGAUUCUUCAAUAUUGGACUCCAACUAUCUGACAUUCUUAUUCCAAUAUUUACAAACACAUUUAUUGACUUGUAGAUUCAGGUUCUGAUGCUGUGAACCCGUGACAAGGAAACUGGAUUUUUAAACGGUUAACUGAUCAUUAUCAGACUGUUGCUUAUUUGUUUAUUAACGGGGCAAAAAUCCUAUAAGCUGCAACACAAUUGUGUAGCUCUGAACGAACUUGUGGAGUUGGGACUUCGAGACGCUCAAAUACAUCAAUCACGGCCUAUCAGCUUACUAAAUGACGUCCCACGAGCUAAUAAUGAUUGUUAUAUUUAUAGACGGGAGACAAAAAGCCAAACUAUUUGAGGCUCAGGCAACAACUAAAUACGCCUCAUAGUGUAGUUCGUGAGAGCACAAUCAUGAGUAAUUAUUACGUUCUCCUCCUUGCUGUCUUUAUUUGCUCUGCCACGGGCUUUCCAGCGAAUAAUAAUGGGCGAAUCACUGGCGGAGGGCUGGCCUCACCUGGACAAUUCCCUUACGUCGUUUCCGUCACGGAGGAUGGCCGUCAUUUUUGCGGAGGAUUUAUUUACAGCCAGGGAUGGAUCGUAACAACAGCCUCGUGCGUCUCAGGGAAAUCUGCGAGUAAACUGAAAGUGGUCGUUGGCCAGCAGGAACUCACCGUGGUCGAUCCUUACGAGGAAACCAUUUCCCUCUACCAGAUUCACGUCAUCGAUCGGUACAACAGCACCACUCAGAUGAACGACGUCGCCCUUCUUCAGCUGAUGCAGAACAUUAGUUUCAGUACCCCUGAUCAAGUUUACUUUAUCAAUUACGACGAGAUGGAUGCAACUCAACCGGAGGGAACUACGAUCGGAUGGGGUGCCACUCAGGAAGGGGGAUUCGAAUCUACGAAACUUCGCUACGCUUCCAUGAGUAUUUCCAAUGCAAAGACUUGCGGUGAUUACACCGAACAAGAAUUCCAGACUGGAAUUAUGUUCUGCGCAGACAAUAGCGCUGCCACCCCUGACGCCGGUGCUCCGUGUCAGUACGACGAAGGAUCGCCGAUGAUUCAAACAUUUUAUGGUAAACCCGUUGCCGUGGGGAUCAUGUCGAAAAACAGGGGCUGCUCCGUCGACUUGCCCAGCGUUUACACCCGUCUGUCCGUUUACUACGCCUGGUUUUUGCAGGUGGCCGGCCAGCAACCGGUGGAUAGCCUCACAACAACCUCGGCUGGACCCACUGACCCUAAUACGGGCAGUACCAGUACGACAGCGGCCAUCAGCACAACUUCGGGAGCGAGUACGACAACCGGAAUGAGUAGCACGACGACCGGAAUGAGUAGCACGACGACCGGAAUGAGUAGUACGACGACGGAAGCCAGUACGACGACGGGCCGGCCUACUUUGACUCCGACACCAACGACUAGGGAGCCCAUUACCUUGCCACCAGAUUUUACUCUUCCGCCCACGACGACAAAGGCCCCCAUUUUCACCAGACCGCCCCUUCAGAUAAGAAAAGCCCUGAAGAAGUCAAACUAGAUUUUAAGAAACAAAAAAUUGGUAUUACGUAACAUUUUCUAGACUUAUUGCUCGCUGCCAGCUUAUAAAUAUUGGAUUAAGUGUCUUUUGAAAUAUGUUGUUUAUUGUAAACCCGGGUUAUGAUGCUAUUCAGUUCUGAAAUUGUGUCAUUUUUACGUUGUAGAGAUACUUUCAGAAAUAUUAUACUGCAUGAUUUAGACCGCUUAUAAGAGAUUGUAGUUAUCAACAAAUGACAUAUGUGUAAACAAAU